CAGCAACAGUUGCUAUUACAACGUUGAAUAGUCCAAGGAAUGGUCGCCGGUCGAAUAUUCAGGAUGCGCCUUAUCAAAUUUUUGGCCAUAAAAUCCAAAUGUCGCUAGCUGCUCAUUGAUUUGGAUAUAAGUUUUUGUUGGAAAAUAAUCUUUGUGCGGGCGAUGUACGUACUUCAUUUCCCAGCCGUAACCCGUGACUACAGGUGGUCACGAAAAUCUACAGCCCCAAGUACAGUAUACAAUAUUUGGUGCAAGCCCGGGCGGACCAACCAACCAACAGUUGUCAGUCCACAGUCGUCCCUCGUCAAUUGCGGAUGCUUCGGUGAAGAACGUUUGGCAAUUUUGUCGGUGUGAUCACAGUAAAAAAAAAACAAUUCUGAAGAAACCGAUCAAAAAUAUAUCAUCUACCUACUAGUGUCUCGCGAAUAAUUUAGUCAUAACUUUCGCCGUGUUCAAUAACACAGUACGAAUAUGACCGUUGCAAGGUUGUAGUAUGGAAAGGCAACAAUUAAUCUUCAACGAUCUACAUAAUUGGCCAUCAUGGACGCGGACCUUACAUAUAAUACUGUUUAUAUUAUGUUCAUCAUUUAUUCAAUCUGUACAUUCAACAGUGACUUGUGGUCCGGGAAUAACAUCGAUUGGAGGAACCGUUCCCAAAGGCAACAUUGUACUCGAGUACGACAAUGGAACUCCGCUAGAAAUAACGUGCGCGUUGGAUCCAGACAACUAUUUGAUCAAAAAGUUUUUCAAACAUCACAUUGGCGAUGAACACUACAUUACCGAACCAAGUCAGAAGCUGUUAUUCUACAGAAACCACAUACUGCUGUCGAAGGAAUACAUAACAGUGAUUAACGCGACGGCGGCUCGUCUGUUCAUGUCAAGACCUCCUGCUGGUCACAAUACUUACUACUGCACGUUGCUGUUGGGCGAUAGACGACACAAAGCAAAAAGCUUUAGUAGUACCAACACCAGUAGUGUUGUCGGAAAAACGGCUCUAGAAUCGUUAAUUGGCAUGUAUUCCACCGCACAACCGUUAAGUAUUGGAAGCAGCAAACUACACUCAUAUGGUGUUGCCUCGGAUUCCGAAAUUGGAGUAUGUCUGAAUCACGUUGCCGUGGGAUACAAGCCUCUACCAGUCACCAAUUUUACUUGCAUUUCUUUGUACUGGAAAAGCUUGUCGUGCAAUUGGACCAAACCCAACAAUCCUGUGAAGACUACUUACAAAAUUGUUUUUAAACUACCCGGACGCGCGGGUGGCAGGACUUCGAGCAGUUGCCCCUCAGACACGGACGUGACACUGAGCUUUUGCUAUUGGGAUUUUACCACUUCUCCUAUAUACAGACCAACCUACGAGUAUUAUUAUUUCACGAUAAUCGGUGAAAAUCUAUUGGGCACUACGUUAACUAAUAUAAGUUUUCACCAUUAUGCGCACGUGAUCCCGGAGAGUCCCACUAACAUAACCGUCAUGGAUAAGACACAAACGAGUGCUAUGCUUCAAUGGUCUGUCGGUAGAAUAACCACUUUUCCUCGUAACCUGGUUCACAGGAUUGAAUACAAGUCCCAGUGGGAAGACGAUAUUGAUUAUUGGCACAGUGUAGACGUCAGUGGAAUAUUAUGUAACAUAUUGACCGGUACACGAGCUUCUAGUUUAACAUGUCGCAAUGAGGAAUAUUAUUACUUCAACGUUACCGAUUUGAAAUAUCCGUUUACGCUAUACACAGUUCGCAUAUACUUGCGUUUGUCUGUAGCUAUAGGCGAAAACAUGUGGUCGACUCCCGGAGUCAUUACCCUCAAGACCAAACCGGCGAUUCCCAAGAGACCUCCACGUACAGACAUAGGCAGUUUCGAAUGCACGCCUUCGCCUAUCAACAAAUCUACCAGAGACAUUAUUAUCUAUUGGCAACACCUUGACGACAGUGAGCAGUAUGGCGAUUUGUUUGGAUACCGCGCAUUGUAUACAUCUUUACCGAUGAAUAAUCAAACAAUCUAUCAUUUGAGCAACGAAACGUACAAAAGCUACGCAAAAUUCCAGGGGCUCAGCAACAACGUUGACUAUAUUUUUUUAGUAUACUCAACUAACGAAGAAGGUUCAUCGGUUGACUAUUCGACUAUUUUCGUUGCUAGUGAAAAAAAUAAAAUAUUCGAGCCGUUGUCGUUUACCAAAAUGGCGUAUGGCAAAAGAGAUGUUUUUGAACUCUCGUGGAAGCACAACAGUGACCAAAAUUAUCAGCUUGGAGACUAUACGAUAUUCUGGUGUAAAAACGACAAAGAUCGACCGUACCAGUGCAAUGGAUACAUAAAUUGGGUACACGUUGCUCGGUCGGAGUCCAGUUACAACAUUUCGAUGAAGGAUCAUACCAAAAUCUACCAGUUUGCCAUAAGUGCUAACGAACAGAGCCCGACGCAAAAAAUGUCCACCAAUAAUCAUCGUACUAAUACCGAUUUAAGCAGCAGCAGCAGUGGAAUGGUGUGGGCAUCGUGUACGGUGUUAUACGAUAAAAUCGAUGGAAAGAUUAAGAACGUUUGGGUUAAUGUGAUCGGGUCAACGUUCAUAGGAUUGAUUUGGAAAUUAGACUGUUCUGACAGAGCAGGAGCCGUUUUGAGAUACGUCAUAAGUUACUGUCCGGUAGUUUCUACCGAUAAUAAUUCGACUUGCAUAGGUGCUCAAAUAAACAAAACCGUUAACGGAGAAACGUCACAAGGCAAUAUCACACAGCUUAAUUCGCACACGACUUACAAAGUAAUAAUAUUUUUUGUUACAAUACACGGUGUAAGUUUGCCCAGUGAGCCCCUGUUCAACACUACUCUUGAAGGAGCGCCCGACGUUACUGAUUUACAAAUCGACGUGACCAAUGUGACGAAUACGUCUAUUAGCUUACAAUGGACUGUCCCAAUGUACAUGAACGGUAUACUCAGAUACUACCAAGUUUAUUAUUACAACGGAGAUAUGGACAUUCGUCAGCCGGAGUCGAUUGAUUCGUUGGAUGAAACACAACAUCAUGCUACGGUUAUCGAAACCAAGUGUCGUCUUAGCAAUUUGAAUAGUUAUCGAUACUAUAAUGUAGCAAUCACCGCUUGUACCACAGUUUGUUCGGAGCGUUCAAAACCAAUUAGAGUGCAAACGGAUGUUGGGAUGCCUGGUAAAGUGGCACAGCCGACUUUAACUUAUGAAAGUAGUACUAUCAUAGUAGUUUCUUGGCCAAAACCAACAAGAUCAGGCGGUCCAGUGAACUAUUACCAAUUGGACUUUGUAGUUCAUCGCAGCGGAUCGAAUUUACAGAACGACAGCGGGUCUACGGCUUCUAAUAUGCUUCCCACUCAAUUUCAAGAUAAUCUUAACAGAUUUAAUUACACGAGUUACACGAACACAUACCGUCUUCCCGUCUCAAAAUGUGACUACGACAAAACCAAUGGUCCACAGACGUUUUCUGUUGCUGUAAGAGCCGUCAAUCUCAAUCCACACGAUUCAGAAAAUCCUUAUUAUGGCCCGUGGUCUGCGCCCGGUUCUACGAGUUGUGUUUUGAUAGGAUUUCCACUUGUACUGCAAUACGGGAUAUGGUCAUGUUUGGUUAUAGUUUUGGUGUCGGUUAUUCAUUAUUAUAGCAUCAGGGCUUGGCGACGCUUCAAUGCAAUAACUGACGUACAAAUAAUUUUACCACAAACUAUAAAUAAAGACGGUCCCACAUAUAGUUUUGAGAAUUUCCAUGACUGUGAUGAGACGGUGGUUGAUUGUGUCUAUAGAGGCGAAUUGGUCAAUAUCAAUUGGACAAAACAGAAAGUGGUUUAUAAGAAAAUAAACAAUUGUAGUUUUAAUAAAAAUCACGAGUACACUCGCCAGAGAUCCAACGAAGAAGAAAAUCUACUAACAAUUGAUAACUACAAAAAAUUAACUCAAACGACAGCUCCAGUUGACGAAACUGAGUUUAGUGACGGUGAUCAGGAAUCAGAAGUUACGGUUUCAAACACUCAACAGGUAACGACUACUACUCCCACCACUGCCACUAUGUCUACCAUUACCACCACCACCACCACGGUUAUAUUCAAAUACACAUGGUAGGGGCCAUGGGUUAAAUUUAAUUGCAGACCAUUGCAAAUAAUAAACCUACUUAGUAAUUCAAAUGCCAAAGAAUGGAUGACGAUGUCAAGUAUCAUCUGUUUUAAUAUAGGAUACUCUCUGUUUACUUAAAGAGUAUAUUUUAAGUUUACAUUUAAAAUCUGAAACAUUUUGUACAACCAUAGAUUUAUACAACAACUAGAUGAUCGUUUUAAUACGCUGCAUGUAUUCGAGAUAGAAGGCUCCGCCAUAAGCAAAGCAGUGAAUGUUUACACUUACCCGUAUCAGUUAAGUGCUGGUAGCAGACAUUUAUAAUUACAUGUUUUGACGACAAUAAAAAUUCGAGCGAUCCAUUUGUAAGAUAGAUUUGUAAACAUUGUUAGCUUUGCAUAUGGCAGCGCCUUCAGAGGUAAAUGUUGUAUACAUUUUUGAGAUGAUUUCAGUAUUAUUAGUUUAGAUACAAAUUAUAAAUAAUAAUUAGUUUAUACAAGUGAUAAACAAUUUUAUUUAUAAGAAUAAUUUUUGAAAAAAACCGUAUUCAGGCUCUUGUAAAAUUCGUUGGUAAUAAUGAACUUUUAAAAUAGGUGCAGCUAAAAAGGUAAUAGAAGGGGAAAAAGAAAUAAGGAGAGGUUGUGUCAGUUUAUGUCAUAUUCUAUGACUAUGUUGAUAGUAGAUAAUAGUUAAUUUAAUAUGUCCUCUCUAAGUGAAUAUCUUGAUAAACGUAAAGGAUUGUUUUUUCGUUGGUUCGAUUUUUUCGUUUGAAUAUACCACAAUUCAAAUACAAUUUCUUCAGUUGAUUAGUGAAAACUAGUUAGUAAAACAAAUGUACGCAUAAACUAAAGCUAAAAAGAUGCGAUACAAAAAUAUAAUUUAGUAAAUCUCACUAGUUAAUAUUUACAAAUACCUUUUUUUUUUGAUUAUUUAACAUUUUAAUAGACCUUCCCGGUGUUUUCGUGGGAUAAUUUCCAUAAUCAACCAGAACAUUAAACAUAUAAUAUACAACAACGCUCAAUUAUUGUCCAAUCGAAUUUAAUUUAUAAGAUUUAUGCAACGUCAAAGCUCAAAAAAUAAUGAAGUACUUAGUUGAUACUUCUACUGAAUCAAUUAUCUAUUUAAUGCCCGUCAACUAACAUAGUUUAGCAAACAUUGCUGAAACUGUUAGCUCCAGACGAGUAAUUAUGGAGUCAUUAAAUCGAAAUUAUAUUCUCUAAGGGUAAAAUUAUUAUAUUUUUAGCAAAUAUUAAAAGAAUCAUUGUUCAAAUUUGACUUGCGCAAAAAAAAGCUCUAUAACUUUAUGACGGGAUUUUUUUUUGUCUAGCUUGUUUUAAAAAAGAAUGUUUGCUCAUUCGUUAAUAUCAAACCAAAAAGUGCUCAAUACACUAUAACUAUCACGCUCAUUCAUUAAUAACAAAUAAAAUAAAAAUAAUGCAAAUAUAUUAAAGGUCUUUUAAAUUAAUGCUUUUUGUGGUAUCUCUGCGGUGAAAAAGUAUAAGAAACGUAUCUCUAUCAAAGUUUGUUAAGUAAUAUUGUAUAAUCUAAAAAAUAUAAAUGCUUUAUAACUAUUAUAUGUGUACGGGGUGGACUAGACUAGUGUGUUAUUGUCACAGAGAAGAUAGAAGGAAAUUUGUAAUAAUCAAGUAUGUGUACAUGCAGUAUUAUAAUCCUAAUGUUAAUAAAUUCUUAUAAACGUAAAUUAACUCAAAAGAGAGAUAAAUUAAUAGAAAAUCUCAACGACUUUUAGCUUAGAUGCUUGAAUGGUUUUAGAGGAAUACUCAGCUGGUCUGGUCUUACCUACUUACUUGUGUGAGGUUUAUUGAAAGACAUUUGUCUACUAUUUAUGUAUUUCUAUUAAUUUAAAACGACAGAUUAAUAAAAUUGAUUUACAUCAAAUAAAACUCUGUGUAAUUGUAUUUUCCUCGAGUAGCUUAAAAUUAAUAUUGUAUAUUAAUAAAAUUAGGUUAAGUCUUACUAUUUGUGUUCUUUAAAUGCAGUGUAUUAUUUUAAAAUGGCAAAAU